AAAAACCGCUGGGGACUUUUAUAAAUGCAGGCUAUGUUCAGCUUUCAGUCGCCAUAUCACCUUUGAGGUUUAUUCAAUCUGCAGCUUUUCUAACAUCGGCAUCAUGAUUCCUACAACACAAGUGCUGCUUGUUUGUGUGCUUUUUCUCUGCGGACUGGAGGAAAUGGUCCUCUCUCAGAACGGACAUUGCGCCGGGAAUCAGUGUUUUGCGGUUUUCAAAGUGUCCAAAGACUUUCCAGGCGCGCAGAAAAGCUGCAGUGACGGAGAGUUAUUUGUGUUCACCGUGGAAGACGCUGAGAAGACAUUAACCAGAUUGUUAAGCGGGCUCGGGGGUAGUUACUGGCUGAACAGCAACAACGGGACGGUAGAAGAAGCUGCGGCAGGUCUGCAAAACUGUCCCUCCAUCUCCCUGACGACGGGAGGCAGCCCCACGCUGCUGUGGAAGCGGUGCAGUGACAAACUGGAUGGAUUUCUGUGUCAAUAUCCAUUAGGUGAGCCCUGCGACCGCUUACCUGCAGUUGGAGGUGCACAAGUGAGGUUUAACACGGUUAUGGGUUUCGAGGUGAGCGAUUCUGAAACCUUUCCACCAGGAACCAUUGCUGUAACGGAAAAGGUUGGCGCUGAAUAUCUGGACUCCAAACAUGUGUGUUACAUGAACACCUGGAUGCCAGCUCCCUGGAGCUGUGAGGUGAUGCAAGGCGGCUGUGAGCACGCCUGUACUUCUACAACAACAAGCACCUGCAUCUGUCCCGCAAAACAGACUCUCCAUCCCAACAACAUCACCUGCACCAAAGACCCGUGCGCCGACUGCGAGCAGGAGUGCCAACAGGAGGGCAACUCCUACGUGUGCAAGUGCAAUACAGGCUACAGGCUGGCGGCUGACCAGAAGAGCUGCGUGGAAGUGAAUGAGUGCGAAGAGGAGGACCUGUGCACAGGUGAGGGUGAGGAGUGUGAGAUCAUACAGGGAAAGGCUGAGUGCAAGUGCAAAGAUGGCUUCGUUGAAGAGGGUGGAGAGUGUGUGGACGUUUCAAUCUGUGAAAUGUGUGAGCACAUGUGUGAUAACCCUAGUGGAGUUUACAGGUGUUACUGUCGGGAAGGCCACAGGGUGUCAGCCAAAGAUCCCACCAAGUGUGAGCUAUACUGUCCCGAGAGAGACUGUCUGGCUAAAUGCAUCCCAGACCCCGAGCUGGAGAAGAAGGACAUGCAGCAGUGCUACUGCCCUGAUGGCUACAUCGUAGACAUAAGGAACGGCACAGCCUUUUGCACUGACAUAAAUGAAUGUGAGCUUGAGACGCAGUGUGAACACAAGUGUGAAAACCUUUUUGGUGGGUUUAAGUGUUUGUGUGACGAGGGUUUCAAGCUGCAAAACGACUACGAGUGUGUACCAGAUGAUGUGAAGGAUGGAUCAAGCUCAGCUCCUUCACACCCCAAACCUGCCCCCGCUCACCCACCUGCAGUGCCCUCUUAUAUCAAGGCCGGCAGCGUGUUGGGCAUCACUGUGUUCCUGCUCCUGUGUGCAGCCCUGGUCUGUGUCCUGGUCCGAAACAUGGUUAAACGUUGCGGCAGAUUUGAUCUCUCCUCCUUCAAACAUCCAGAUAUGGAUAUUUUCUAUCUGCAGCAGGUGACCACAGAUACAUAUAAGAGGUUAUCCUUCGACAAACAGUUUAAAAGUGACUUGCAGAGACAAGGAGAAAGUUUGUCGAGAGACAAACUUAAACGGACACAACCGAGGUUCAAAAUGGAGGAGGUUCUGAGGCUGUAUGUUGUGGUGUUGGUUUUCCUGAUGGGGAGAGACGGCCGGAUGGAACCGAAUAACGGAUACUGCCUCGAGAACCAGUGUUACACAGUGUUCCAAGAUCCCAGUGACUUCACAACCGCCGGGAAUCAAUGUAGAGAUCGAGGUGGUCACUUAAUGACAGUGCGCUCCACUGUAUCGCAUGAUAUUCUUUUUAUCUUGCUGGGAAACGUUACAGGGCGGUUCUGGAUCGGUUUACAUCUGCCGACCGGCUGUCCUGACGCCACUUCAGAGCUGAAAGGCUUCCAGUGGGUAACCAAGGACAGUGAGAGUGACUUCUCCAACUGGGCGCCAAGUUUUAACAGCAGCUGCUCUUCUCAUCGCUGCAUCUCAGUUUCCCAGCAGAGUGAGUUUAAAUGGAUCCAGGAGCCAUGCAGCGAACAGGCGGCCGGGUUUCUCUGCGAGCACAGCUUCACUGACCCCUGCAAGAGUCUAGCGAUUACAGAAGGCACGUCUUUCACUUACAAAACCCCACUGGGGUUUGGGGGCGACGAUGUGCUGUCGUUGCCCCCUGGAAGUAUCGCUAUCCAGAUGCCAGCUCAGAAUAAAUACGUCUGCGACUCUGGACAAUGGCUGCAGGGGCCCUGGAGCUGCGAGAUUUUACAAGGUGGGUGUGAUUACAAAUGCACAGUGAACCCCAAACAAGUCCCCUCCUGCUACUGCCAGCCGGGACUAACCGUCAACCUUAUAAAUAAAGUCACCUGUGAAUUGGCCACAGAGGACCCGUGCCUGGCCCUGCGCUGCGAGUACGCCUGCUACCACAACGAAGAAUCCUACGCAUGCAUGUGUGACCGGGGCUUCAAACUGGCGGAGGACGGCAGGUCGUGCAUCGACAUAGACGACUGCACGGACAAGCGGCAGUGUCCAGAGAAGAACUGGAUGUGCGUCAACACCUUAGGCAGCUUUGCGUGCGUCUGUAAAGAUGGGUACCAGAUGUCAGGCAGCCAGUGCAUCGAUGAGGACGAGUGCAUGUCCGCUCCGUGUGAGCACAUGUGCAUAAACACUCCUGGUAGCUACAAAUGCUCGUGUUAUUCUGGAUAUAAAGUAGAUCCAGAGUCACCGAGUAAGUGUGUGCUUUACUGCGGAAAACAGGAAUGCGCCGCGGAGUGCGACCCGAAUGAUGACGAAGUGUGCUACUGCCCUGAUGGUUAUAUAUCAGAUGAAAGAGACGACGGUAUGGUUUGCAUAGACAUUGACGAGUGUGGGGGCAAUUAUUGUGAUCAACAGUGUAAAAACACAUUUGGUAGCUAUGUGUGCACAUGCCGUCCAGGAUAUACACUAGUUGGGCAGUGGAAGUGCGUAAAGGAUGAAACGCACACAGAUGGAGAGUUGGGGGGCUCCACAACUCCAUGCAUCCCCAUAACAACAGUCUUGCCACAUCCUGAUCCGACAAGGCCGACCCCGAGCAUGACAGUGGGUGCUCUGGUUGGGAUAAUAGUGUUUACUGUCUUUUUUAUUUUGCUGGUGGUUUUUCUGGUUUAUUACAUCUUUAACCACAGAGGGAAGAUGAAGAGCAGUGGUGCGCUCAAAUCUGUGGGGUACGAGUCUCACGGUUUAGAGCAAGUGGCGAGUGACGCUCACUAAGAGAAAGAGAGAAAGGAAAUCAUCCAUAGAGAGAGAGACAGCAAAGCACGACAUGCCAAAGUACUGUACAGAGUAACUACAGACACGGUUCCGGACAGGUUUUGGAGGAUUCACAGCAAAACAAUAAGGCGGAGAGGAAGGUGGUGACAUCAUAGGAGAUGAGGUCAUUAUGAACUCACAAGACAGCAGGACUAUAAAAAACAACUAAGGUUUUGUUUGGUGAAGGACAUUUACAUCCUUGAGUGGUUGGUAUUAGCUACAAUUCAGCUCUCAAAAGACGGAAUCUGUAAGAAAGACAAAAAACUUUGUUUUGUAAAAGUUUGCGCUAGAACAUUGUUAAAUUAUAUUAAAACGUGAAUGAAGGAAAAGGCUCCUUUUUGUCUUUGCUGUCAGCAGUUGUUGCUGACUGCGCCCCCAUGUGGAGGGACUGGGAAUUACAGGUCGUCCGUGCAGACACGCAGUCGGAUGCACACAGCCCCUGACAGUACUCAACCACAGUCUUGUCUUCACCACGCACUACAUGUAGUACACAUAAACCACAGCAUGGCAAGGCUAAAUGUUGAUGCACUCAACAGUCUGGACAGGAUAAACAACAAGCGACAUGUCAAUUAUAAAUAAAGCAUAAAUCUUCCAUAAUUAAAUUGAGUUAUUUUUCUUUUUUUAUUUCCCACUUCUCUCUAUUUUAUAAGACAAGGUGCCACAGGAAAACCAAGUGUCUGAAGUAUUUUACAUUUACUAUUAAAGCAGACAGUGGAGUUAGAAUCAAAAUAUACUUCAAUUACCAAAAGUAUUAUGGAAAAUGGAUGUUGUGAUGUAGGAUUAUAAUCACUGGUGUUUUAUUGUGUUGAUCACUUUAGUGCUGCAGCUGGUAAC